AUGCGCUUCUUCUCCACCAUCGUCGGCGCUGCCGCCCUCAUUUCGAGCGUCGUUGCUCAGGACCUCGGCAUCACCAAGGCUCCCUCCUCUGUCCAGGCCGGCCAAACCUACACCAUUGAGUACACUGCGCCGGCUGGCGCCGCUGUGUCUCUCAUCCUGCGCAAGGGUGACCCCAACAACCUGGACACUCUCACUACCCUGACCUCCAAUGCCGAAGGCGGUUCUUACGAGUGGACUGUGGCCAGCAGCCUAGAGAGCGACGACGACUACGCCAUCGAGAUUAAGCAGGGCGACGACAACAACUACUUCGGCCCCUUCAGCCUCACCGGUGGUUCCGCCUCGGCCUCUUCGGCAUCUUCCAGCUCCUCUGCUUCUGCUUCUGCCUCUUCUUCGGCCUCUGCCUCUGCCUCUGCGUCCGCGUCUGCUUCGGCCUCUGCCUCGGCUUCUGGCUCCGCCAGCUCGACCGAGAGCUCCACCAUCACUGCCAGCGCCUCGCUCUCCUCGGCUGCCUCCUCGCUGUCCUCGCUGAUCUCGGCCGCCAACUCGACCCUGGCCUCCAUCACCAGCUCGAACGCGACUGCCACCAGCAGCAAGCCGUCCAACGGCACUAUCAGCAGCACCCUGCACAGCUCGACUGCCACCUCCACCUCGUCGUCGUCGUCUGAGGGCUCGAGCUCCUCCGGCGCGUCCGAGACUGCCAGCUCGACUGGCGGCGCCCCUACCUCCGGUGCCGCCAUGCCCAGCAUGGUCAGCCCCAUCGCGCUCGUCCUCGGCGCCGUUGCUGCCAUGAUCUUCCUCAACUAA